AUGGCUAUAUCGCGCCCUUGGGUCAUGCUGGUUUCUGAACCGAUAGUCACCAUCCUCGCGAUCUACAACUCUAUUAUUUAUGGGACCACCUACAUGAUGUUUGCCGCCUUUCCAGUUGUCUUCCAGCAAGGCCGUGGAUGGAGCCCAGGCGUUGGUGGACUAGCAUUCAUAGGGAUCGCCAUCGGCAUGGCGGUUGCGAACCUGUCCAUGAUAUGGAUCAAUCGGAAGUACACGACGGACUCGCGGAACUCUCCUGGUCACUCUUUGCAGCCGGAGAUCAGACUGGUUCUCUGCUUUGCUGGAUCGAUCGCUAUUCCGAUCGGACUCUUCUGGUUUGCGUGCGCCAAUUCCGCGACCGUCCCAUGGGAAGUCUGCGCGGCAGCGACCAUUCUGUUUGGCUUCGGAAACGUCUCAGUCUCAAUCGGUCUCACCAAUUACUUCGUCGAUAUUUACUCCAUCUACGCUGCUUCCGCGCUAGCUGCCACGACAGUUCUGAGGUCUCUUUUCGGAGCAGCCUUCCCCCUGUUCACACCUGGCAUGUAUUCUAGACUUGGUAUCCACUGGGCUUGA